UUCCGCUCGGGGAGGCGCAGCCCCACCUUCGCGCCGGGCGGCUUAAAGGGACCGCGACCCCCAGGAGGCUUGAAGGAGACCGGGAGGCUGCCGGCGUGGAGCGCGGGAAGGCGGGGCUGGGGCUCGGCGGGAGGCCACCCCCGCAGCCGCCCCGGGAUGAGCGUGCCCAGCAGCUGCUGGACGCCGUGGAGCAGAGGCAGCGGCAGCUCCUGGACACCAUCGCCGCCUGCGAGGAGAUGCUGCGGCAGCUGGGCCGCCGGCGCCCGGAGCCGCCUGCUGGCGGGAACGCGUCAGCCAAACCCGGAGCGCCCUCCCAGCCAGCUCUGUCCGCCAAAGGUGGCCUUCCGAAGGAUGCUGGUGAUGGAGCCGCGGAGCCCUGACCAUCCCCAAGCCGGGCACCCCGACUACCCUCCCUUCGCGGGGCUGCCGGCAGGACCUCUUGACUCCCUCCGGUAGAGGGGCUGGUCUGCACUGGCAAAGGCUGGUCCCUGGCCCUCAGUGUGGGGUGGCAGCUCUGCUGUAGCUGAGUUUACCCCAUCAUCCUGGUUGGCAGCAGUGCUGCGUGUGGACGGAGCAGGAACGCCCAGUCCGAGGCCCUGACGUGGGCAGAGCAGCAGUGCCCGCCGGCGUGGGCCGGCCUGCUGUGGGGGAACCUGGUGGUGUUGUGUGUCCAUUUCAUCCUGUGGGGACUCCUAGCCUCGUGAAACACCUUCAGCAGAGCCUGCAUUAAAAAGGAAACCUGCAGAGCCCCCUGGUGAGCGAGCUUUCCUUUCGGACCCUUCUCUGGGACCCUGGUGACCAGGGAGACCGGUUGGGGGGCAGGUGGAGUUUGGCAGGACUGGAAGGAUGGGUGAGUGCCAGCCAGGGGCAGAGAUGAGAAGAAACACCACACAUACUGCCAUAUUUAAAUAAGCAUUUAAUUAGGGUUUCAUUAGUAUUUAAUAUUGCUUUUUCAAUUCCAAAAAGUUAAAUUUUCACUUCUUAGCAGAUAUUUUAAAGUACAAUAUUAAGUUUAUACAAAAUGAGCAAUUUUAAGCAAACACCAUUAUUUCACAUUCUUCAAAAAUACAAAUUCAUAUUUAUUCUUUGUUUUUGGGGGUUUGGAGGUUUCUUCCUUUGGAAGUACUUGAACCUGUAACGUUUUCCAUCUGCUCAGUGGAGCCUGUUGUUCCCAUGUUGCACACCUAAAUAAAUCUGAAAGACUUUUUUACAUGAUCCAAAUAAAAUGAUUUGGGAUUUUAAAAAA